UUUUUUUAACCCACCAAGGUCAGGCCAGCCAGCCAGUCUAGGCCUUACCUUACCAUACACCUCUCUCUUUUCUCUCUCUCUCUCUCUCAAUGUGUUUUUAUUUUCUCUCUUUUAUUUCUUUCUUGAUUUUCCCCACCCACCAAUUCAUCUCAUUCUCAUCUCAUCUCCAAACCCCUCUUUCUCUCUUUCCCUUCUGUUAAGCGGUGAGUUUUGUAUGUUUUUGUGUCUCUGUGUUCCGUGUCUCGCAAAGCAAAAUGAACCCAAUUCUCGAAUUUCUGUGUUUGCAUGUCUCUCUGUGUGUGUAGAGAGAAGGGGGAGGUGGGAUUGAAUGAUUGGGUUUCCAAAGCUUGAAUCUUUCUGACGUUUUUUGGCAUUUCAGGUCUUGAUGUUAGAUCUGUUGUUUAAUCUGUAGCUACUUUGCUGGUCUGCUGAAGGACGGGGCUAGGCAUUUGGCUUGUAGUGUAAUAUUCUGUGGAAUUAUUUCAAGAUAAAAUACGACUAGCCCUAAUGCAAGGGCAAAGGAGUGCAAUUGGUUCGUUACCGGAGACUUUAGACUUUACUCGUGGCCCUGCCACAGGUGAUGGUUUAGAUCAACCGGUAUGCUGGAAUAAUUUGAGGAGCCCUGCUCAAAAUCGGUUGCCAGAUUACAUUGUAUCUCCUAACGAUGCAAGUGUUGCAUAUAUAACUCCUACGAGUCAAGAGAGGCAAAACAUGAUUGGAUGGACCAUAGGAGAAAGUAGCUCGAGUGUUGCUCAGAGUCAGGCGAGUGAAAAUGAGCCGAAAACAGGACACAAUUGGUCAUCUUCAAUAAGUGCUUGCCCUGGGCCGUCUUGCAUCCCCGAGGAAAGGCGAUUUGAGCCUUCCAAUAUUCUUUCGUUGAAUAAUGUUGACGUAAAUCUAGGUAGCGGUCACACAGGUGGCAGGGUUUUGCCUAUGCAAGGGUCGAGUUCUGGCACUUUGCCUCGUGACCUAAACAGAAGUUCGGGAAUGGAGGAGGAUGACACUGAUGACGACGACGACGAUGAUGAUGAUGACUGUCAAGUGAUGGAGUUUAUCACUGCUUAUGAGUCUGGAAUUCCGGCUAACGAGCGAAUCUCUUCUGGUGGUAGUUCCUCGGGUUCUUUAGGUGGUUCUUCCCGAACGGGAGGGUACUUGGCUGUGGGAAGUGAUGGCAGGCCAGGCAGUUCAACCAAUGGUCGGCGCUUAUCAUGUAAACGGAAAGCACUCGAAGGACAUGCGGGACAAUCUUCUGGAAGUGGAAGUUCGAGUUAUUUUCAGCAUCCCGAGAGCAGUGUUUGGAAUACUGCAGCUACUCAACACAACAUAUUGAGCAGUUCUAAUAUUCCUUCCCCCGCACCAAAUAAUAGUGGUGUUAAUUUGGCAGAGCAGAUAAACCCGAGACUUGGACUGAGCAUCGGAGAUGCUGCUUCUGAAAGCCCCGUUGGUUUAACUGCUCCCCGUAAUAAUGCAGAAAGUUCACGUAGAAAUUUCCGUUUGAGGAUUAAUGCCUCACACCAACACCAACACCAACACCAACAAGGUUCUGUACCUCGUAAUUUGUUUUCAACAGAGACCGAACCUGGAAAUGUUUCUGUUUCGUCGUCAUAUAGGAAUUCAUCAAGGCUACAUUGCAACAAUUCUAUAGAAUUUAGACCCACCGCUAUUGCAGAGAGUUCUAAUCCUCAAGGACAGCCUAUAGUAGUGCACGUCCCUUCUCUGCGUCGGCAUUCACAGACUAGGUGGAAUGCAGCGUCUAGCUCGAGAAGCGGAAAUCCUGCAAAUUAUCCCCUUUCUAUGGACAGAGAUUCAGCACAAUUUGACGAAUCAACUUCUAGGGCUUUUCCAAGAAAUAUAUCACAACAUCCUAUGUUUACACCCGCUGAUAUUGGAAACCCUAGUCAAAAUCCCACUAACUGGGGUUUAGCCAAUGGAAAUAAUUGUGUAGCCGGAAACUUGGCGUCCACUUCCAGGAGUGGUCCCACUUCAGGGGCCCACUCAUCGUCUCCUUCUUUGGUACCUAACCGUGCUCUUCCUCAAUAUCCUAGGCGGCUAUCAGAAUUUGUACGUAGAUCUUUGCUGACUUCAGCUGGCGCUGAUUCUGGUGGUCCGAUUAACAAUGGCCCUCAGCUGCGUGCUAGUUCAUCUGCCGGCUCUCCGGAAAUGGCUCUUCCCGGUAAUCAUGUGCACCGCCCUUCUAGUUCAAGGUCGGCAAUGCUGUUGGAGAGACAUCUCGAUACUUCUUUCGCAAUUCCUUAUUCCUGGAGGACUUUGGCUGCUGCCGGGGAGGGAAGAAGUAGGCUAGUCUCUGAGAUCCACAAUGUUUUAGAUCUUAUGCGCCGUGGAGAGGGCUUGCGGAUUGAGGAUGUUAUGAUUCUUGAUCAGUCUGUCCUUUUUGGGAUGCCCGACGCUCACGAUCGGCACAGGGACAUGCGGCUUGAUGUUGAUAACAUGUCAUAUGAGGAGUUGCUAGCGCUGGAAGAACGUAUUGGAAAUGUAUGUACUGGUUUGAGUGAAGAAGCCAUUUCGAGUCGUUUGAAACAACAUAAAUAUGCAUUCAUGAAAGUAGAAAAUCCCGAAGAAAGAGAACCAUGCUGCGUGUGUCAGGAAGAAUAUAAUGAUGGAGAAGAUCUCGGGACAUUGGACUGUGGCCAUGAUUUUCAUGCCGACUGCAUUAAACAAUGGCUUAAGCACAAGAAUUUGUGCCCGAUUUGUAAAACAGCUGGACUGGCUACCUGAGCCGGACAUGCUCAAACUACAAGCCUGUCCAUACUUCAUUCUUUGAUUCAAACGAAUCAGUCUCGCCCUGCCGGAUAAAUUCUCUCCACAGAAGAUGACGCCAGUUAACCGGGUUUCAUUGUUUCAGUUGGAGUAAUUUGAUGGAAGAACAAAAAAGCCUAUGUAUUUUCUUUCAACUUCAUUGUGGUCUCUCCUUGUCUAGAAAAAAACAGAAAGUGAUCCAAAAAUGGAAGAUCACUUUUAGGUGUUAGCCAUUCAUUUAGUUAUGAACCCCCCUCCCCCAAAUUACUAGUUACCUUAAAAAUUCACAUUCUUUUCUCCCCUUUAAGGAUUCAGAUUUCUUGUUUUCAUUGAAUAUUUAUGGGUUUAUUUGAUCUCUGGUUGCUGAUUA